AUGAAGCUGAUCCAAUUCGUUUUGGCCAGCAAGGUUUCAGGGGGAUACUACCAGAAAUGGAAACACCUUUCGGCAACAGAGAAAACUGAACGGCAAGUGACUUGCGAUGCCAAGACUGAAGAGACAAAGGCCUUGUUUGUGAUCGAAAAUGGAGCUUGGAACUGCCCAAAUCUCGGUCUGACAAGGCCAAGAGUCGUCUGCGAUCCCACAUGCCUUCCUGGUUACAAACCUAACUGGACUGAUGGGUCGAUUUCGAAGCCGAAGAAGGAUCAUCCACGAUUCAUGACUCGCUGCGGCAAUCCGGCGAAUAUCGCCAAAAGAAAUCUCCCGUCCGGAAUCCAGCUCGCCUGUACGCCGAUUCCAGAGCACCCGUGCAUGGCCACUGCCGCCGGAGUCACUAUUCCAAACGGGAGCCUUUCGUUGAACACCGAACUAACGCCUGCAAGAGCGACUUUCGACGUCGUCUGCGAUUGGGGAGACCAUGGGCAAGCUCUACUGCAACAGAGACUCGUUUCCUUUCUGGAAAAAUCCCGAAUACGAAACGAUGACCAACGCCUGCGCGGAUAA